AUGAAAGAUAUGGAGUGCAUUCCCGGACCUAAACCCCUGCCGGUAGUAGGAAAUUUGUUCGACAUCGACCUCGAGCAUGGCCUACAAUCUAUUGUCGAAAUGGCCGACGAGUUCGGACCCCUCUUCCAAAUCACCAUCAACGGCAAGAAGCAGAUCUUUGCAACCAGCCAGGCGCUGGUCGAUGAGCUCUGUGACGAAACCCGCUUCCACAAGGCCGUCAUCGCUGGGAUCCAAAAGUUACGAAUGCUGGCCAACGAUGGCCUCUUCACAGCCUACCACGGAGAGCGCGGCUGGGGCAUCGCCCAUCGGAUUCUGAUGCCUGCCUUUGGCCCGCUACGGAUCCGGGACAUGUUCGAUGAUAUGAGCGAUGUCGCACAACAAUUGUGUUUCAAGUGGGCCCGCCAGGGGAGUUCGACCAGUAUCAAUAUCAGCGAUGACUUUACACGCCUCACAUUAGAGACCAUUGCCCUCUGCACGAUGGGCUUCCGGUUGAACAGCUUUUACAACAGCGAGUCUAUGCACCCGUUCGUGAAAUCUAUGCUAUACGUGCUGAAGGAAGCCGACCUCCAGUCCACGCUUCCCGGAAUUGCAAACUCUAUGCGUGUCAAGGCGCAGCGGCACAUGUCCAAGAACAUUGAGGCGAUGAGGAGCAUGGCUGGCGAUAUCAUCAAAGAGCGUAGAGACAAACCGGAGUCGGUUGAUGACCUCCUGAACACACUGCUGAACGGGCGGGACCCAGUCACCGGCGAAGGUAUGAGCGACGACUUGAUUAUCAGCAACAUCAUCACCUUUCUGAUCGCGGGCCAUGAGACCACCUCCGGCCUGCUCUCAUUCACAUUCUAUUAUCUGCUGCAACACCCGCUCGUCUUGGAGGCGGCCCAGAACGAAGUCGAUGAGAUCGCCGGUGUCGACCCGAUCACGGUGCAGCAUCUCGCAAAGCUUCCCUACAUCGACGCCAUCAUGAAGGAGAGUCUGCGCCUGAUGCCCACCGCACCGGGAUUUACCGUAACCCCGAAGAAGCCGGAGGUGCUGGGCGGGAAAUGGAGGAUCAAUCCGGGCCAGUCCGUCAACCUGCUGUUGCCUGUCUGUCUGCGAGACCAGACCGUCUUUAGGCCUGACGCGGGCGAAUUCCGCCCGGAACGAAUGCUAGAAGAGAACUUCUCCAAGCUCCCACCAAACUCGUGGAAGCCCUUUGGCAACGGUGAACGUGGCUGCAUUGGCAGGGUCUUUGCCUGGCAGGAAGCCCAACUGGUGGUUGCCAUGGUCCUUCAAACGUUUGACUUGGUAGCAGAUGACCCGUCCUACGAACUGCGAAUCAAAGAGACUCUCACUAUCAAGCCCGAUGGUUUCCGGGUCCGAGCCAUGUUGCGUCGCGGUCAGAGUGCCACGGGGCUAUCCCAGCGCCGUAUGUCGGCGGGCGCUGCUGCGAGCCUGGCGUCGUCAACUCAUCUCACCGGGAAUGGGAACGGCCAGGAAGCGGCGGGAGGGCAGCCGGUUUCCUUCUUCUACGGCUCUAACAGCGGGACGUGCAAAGCUCUCACCCACCGGCUAGCAUCGACCAUGAUGGCCCGCAGCUUUACCGACCAGAAGCUCGCCCCGCUCGACAGUGCCGUCAACAACCUACCGAGAGAUCAGCCAGUGAUCAUAAUAACCACCACCUACGAUGGGCAGCCCACAGACGAUGCGAAGAAGUUUGUCGCCUGGCUUGAAAGCGGCAAUGUCCCGUCUCUCCAAGGCGUCUUCUAUGCAGUCUUCGGCUGCGGCCACCAAGACUGGACCAAAACAUUCUAUCGCAUCCCGAUCUUGAUCGACAACCUGAUGCACAACGCGGGAGCCACGCGUCUCGCUACGCGAGGCGCCGCCAACGCCGCCGUCGGCGAUCUCUUCUCGGAUCUCGAAGCGUGGGAAGAAACCAGUCUGCUGCCCGCUCUCCGAGAGACAUUUCUUCUAUCCAGCAGCAGCGACAUCGAACCACUCGACCUGCACCAACUCCAAAUCAGCCUCUGCAAGCCAACCAGGGUGGAAAUGCACCAGGGGCUCGUCGAGGCCAAGGUGACCGCUAUCCGGAAACUAAGCAGCACCGGGACCCCGGAGAAGCGACAUAUAGAAUUCCACAUCCUAGGCGAAGCGACCCUGCGCCCAGGCGAUCAUCUCAAUGUCCUCCCGGUCAAUCCGCCCAGCGCGGUCUCAAGAGUCCUGGCUCGAUUCCAUCUCGCACCGGAUCACGGCAUCACGAUCAAGUCGUUCAACACGCUCGGUCUGCCCCACGCCACCCCUGUAUCGGCGGCCGAGCUGUUCAGCUCGUAUCUAGAGCUGUCCCAACCGGCAACGCGAAAUAAUCUCAAAGCGCUCGCCUUAUCCGCACCGUCAGAUGGAGACAAACGAGACUUGCUCCGUUUCUACGAUUCCUACGAUUCACUCAUCCGAGAUAAGCGCGUCUCAGUAUUGGACCUCCUCGAACAAUUCCCUACCGUCCCACUCCCUAUUGCCGCAUUUAUCUCCAUGCUCCCCGCUUUGCGCGUUCGCACGUAUUCCCUUUCCACAGCCCCCUCCUUCAAACCCUCGCACGGUUCGUUCACCUUCUCCGUGGUCAACGAGCCAGCAUGGAACGGCAAUGGCCGGUAUCUGGGCGUCGGAUCAAACUAUCUCGCUUCGCUCACAUUAGGGUCUAUUCUCUACAUAUCUCCGCGACCAGCCAAAGAAGCUUUCCAUCUCCCGACGGACCAGUACAGCACACCGAUCAUCAUGGCCUGCGCUGGCAGCGGCCUUGCCCCCUUCCGCAGCUUUAUCCAAGAACGCAUGUUCUGGUUGCAACAGGGCAAACCACUCGCAAAGGCGCUGUUGUUCUUCGGCUGUCGCGGUCCCCACCUGGAUGAUCUUUACGACGAGGAAUUAUCCGAAUUUGAAUCUGCGGGCGUGGUUAAGGUUCGGAGGGCGUACAGCAAAGCCCCGGACCACUACCUGGCCAAGGGAUGCCGGUAUGUGCAACACCGGCUGGCGGCAGAAACCGAGGCCAUCCAGGAUCUGUGGGCUCGGAACGCGACAAUCUAUGUCUGCGGUUCGGGGGAUCUCGCCAAAGGAGUCAAGGCCGUGUUCGAGAAUAUGCUGGGGACGUUGUCUGAGGAGCGAUAUGUUACGGAGAUUUUCUAG